UCUACUUGUUCCCCUACCACUUGUCACUUGCAGAUAAAGAUAAUGCUGCGCAGGGAUUCAUGUGCUUGUUUUGCUAACCUGGCAGUGUUAUGUCUCGAAUAACGAAACCCUUCGAAAAAUAUUGUUUGAUACCCGGAAAGUGUCUUAAACCUUAUGAUGCCACCGACCAAAUAUUGCACUGUAAAUGUUUGUCAUCAAGCCCCUACGAUCUUGGCCGCGGUCGUUUUCGAUGAUAAUGUAGGUUAGGAGUCGUGAAGCUGAGAUGAUACCCUGCUACAUUAAGGACAUUUUGAUUUGUUUUAAGUGAAAUAAUAUUAAGGUUUCUGUUGUGUUCCAAGUAAUUGAAAGUACGAAGUGAUUUAGUGAAGUUUACCGUUGUACUUUGGCACCUUCAUGAAGUUGAGCAGCCCUUCUCAUUCCCCUAAAUAUUUCAGUUUUGCAUAAUGAUUACCAUGCAUUUCAUAUUACUAGUAAACUUACAGCUGAGGCAUCGCACAGUGAGUGAAGCAGGGAAUGAUUAAUGAAGACCAUUCCCCGACCAACUUGAGGAUAUCGUAUUGUUUAGCUUUUAUUUAACAAACUGUCUUUCAUUAAACCGAUAUUUUUAUUAAUAUUUUGGAUUUGAAAGAGACUGAAGUUACGUCUCAUUGAAUUAAAUGGUAUUAUACCAGUUACAUGCACGUAAUUUGGAACGCAAACUGGGCAUAUUAAUUUAUGUUUCCCAUGGGAUCUUACAUACUGAUAACUUAAAUGAAACUCCAAAUACUUUCAAAACUUAGUGGAAUAUGAAAAACAAAUUCUUCUUUGUCAUUCCCAUUUCGUUCAUUAAUAAUCAUUCUGCUUAGGCCUAGAUACAAAAUAAGGCGAUGGAAAAAGAUUAUGAGCACCCAAAUUAAUUUAGUCCUAACUGUCAUGUGUAACUGCCUGCAAUAUGUGACAAAUAGUUGCAGUGUACUUCCAAAGCUUUGUUCCGUGCCUUGCCCCCUCACUCUUUUCACGUUACUUGGUACUUGCACAACAGCACAAAUAAAAAAUAACUGUUGAAGCUGAAAAAGAAAUGUUCACAUUGGACUGUACUGUAUAAGCAGUUCUACUUCAGGCACAGGAAUCAGUCACAGUUUCAUAGGUCAAAAUCUUUUAUAUAUUCUAUUACAGUUAUGAUACUCAUUAUGUCUGCUGAUGACAUUUCUUUGUUUUAUUUUCGUGUGUACAUUGAAGCAUAUAGAGCAAGCAGUCUCAUCAUUAUUAUGAUAGGCAUUAGAUAAUGGACAAGUCUCUGUCGAGUACUUUGAUGCAUGUUAUGAACAUAUAUUUUACAUAAACUACAAAAAAUUCUAGGAUGAUUUACUAUGUAACUUUUUACCAAAUAGUUCCUGGAGAUUGCUUGUAAUAUUAUAAUACUACUACUUUUCUGGUUCCUGGUCAUUCUCUUAUUGUGUUAUCGUGUUUCUUCUGCUAGUAGCUUAUUCUCAUUGUGACUAAGGGUUGUUCAGAUCCCAAAGUUUGUGUUUAAUUGUGGAGGCUACUGACAAAUGAAUAAAUACAAUUUUUUAUUCAAUAUCAUAAAUAAUUUCUUAGAAGUAUUUUACAAUUUUAUAGUCUGUAAAUAUGGCAGCCUAUCUCCACACCUGAUUUAGUAAAAAACUCCACAGCAUAUGUUUAUUUCAGUUCAUAGAAAAAAACAUACAUCUAUUUUACUGACAUCAUUUCAUCCUCCAGCAGCUUUGAGGUGCACAUAUAACUCACUGAAUUGUUUAGUUGUAUGUACGCCGUUUUCAGUUCUCAUUCCAAAGCUUAGUAAUUUUUGAGUUAAGUACACUUUUAAAUGCACUGCUCAAAGCUUUCUGUUUUUAUAUUAGUGGUGAAAACUUGUGUUUAGUGAUGGGAGGAUUCUAUCUGCAUCUCCGUGAUGAUCAAUAGGCAUUUGCUACUUGAGUUGAUACUGAACUUGAUUGUGGGGACUGCCCCAGGCAUCAUGAUGUUGAAAGCUAUGGCCUACAAUGACUGAACUCCUCUAGUAUUUUUUGAACAAAUACUGCAUAGUGCAGUGUAGUGUACCUUCAGAAUAACAUCCAGUCUGUUCUGUUGUCAUUCCUACAAACGUGAGGAGGUGCUGUUUUCCAGUAGACUGUGCACAUCUAUUGUGCUCUCCAUAAUGUUGUUAAGUUGCCUGGCCAACAUAAUCACUAGAUCAGGCCCUGAUGAGUACAUGAAAGAAUGAUUUGGCCUGAAAUACUGGUAACUGCUCUGAUCAGUUAUGACAAGAGGUAUAAGUAACAUGGAACAUUAUCUUCCUGUUCAGCAUAGUCAUUUCUACUACUAUAUGAAAAUGAAGCUAAGAAGCUGCCCCCUGAUGUAAACCCAAAAGGGGUUUUUGCAUGUAAUGAACUUGAUCUGGAGGAAGUGAAAGUUUACGGCUUUGAUUAUGACUACACAAUUGCAUGUUACAAGCCUUCCAUGGAUUACUUAUUAUAUAAUCUUGGGAAAGAAACACUCGUCAACAGAUACAAGUAUCCAAACAGUAUAAAGUUACUGGAAUAUAAACCAGGAUUUGCAGUACGGGGGCUUCAUUAUGAUAUAGAAAAAGGUCUACUGCUGAAGAUUGACUCAUUCCUCCAGAUACAACUAGGCAGUGUGUAUCGUGGCUUAUCUCCUGUGUCAGAUGAUGAAGUUCUGAAAUUAUAUAAGAAUCGAAUUAUUCCUUUAGCCUAUGUAGAACCAAGGAACUAUCAGGCUGAUAUUAAAACAAAAAUGGUUCAGUUAGCUGACUUAUUUUCUGUGCCAGAAAUGGGACUACUAUGUGAUGUUGCAGAAUAUUUUGAGAAACAUCAUAUUGAUUAUCACCCUGAAAUUCUCUUCAGGGAUGUCAAGAAUUCUAUAAGAAGCUGCCACCCUAUCAUGCAUGGAAUUGUUGAAAAAAAUGUGUCUGAAUACAUAGAAGAAAACAGUUGUAUAAGGCAAUUUUUUGAAAGACUGGCUGCUGCAAACAAAAAUCUAUUCCUUGUAACAAACAGUCCUUAUCGCUUUGUCAACAAGGGAAUGGAACUGUUGGUUGGACAAGACUGGAGAGACUUCUUUGAUGUUAUAAUCGUCCAAGCUCGAAAACCACGCUUUUUCACAGAUGAAUCGCGACCUCUGAGACUGUAUGAUAUAGAUAAUGAAAUUCAUGUAUGGGACCGUGUUUUGAAACUUGAGAAAGGAAAAAUCUAUUGUGAGGGAACUGUUAAACAGUUACAGGAGAUGACUGGAUGGUUUGGACAACAGGUAUUAUAUUUUGGCGAUCACCCAUACAGUGACCUGGCUGAUGUUACUCUUGAACAUGGAUGGCGUACUGGGGCUAUCAUCAGUGAGCUCACGCAUGAAAUUGAAACUCUUAAUAACCCUGAGUUCAAGCAGCAAUGUAAUUGGCUGCAAAUGUUGACACAACUGAUAGAAGAUCAUCAAGAUAGAGAUGAACCUGAAUCCUUACAGGAACUCAAAAAAUGGAUGGCUGAAAGAGAUGAGCUCAGGCACAGGAUCAAGAAUGUGUUCAAUGAACAAUUUGGCAGUGUUUUUCGAACUUACCACAACCCUACAUAUUUCUCAAGGCGCUUGUUUCGCUUUGCAGACAUAUAUACUUCCAACAUUACAAACUUGCUCAAUUAUUCUGUGAAGCACACCUUCUAUCCACGUAGAGGUGUUAUGCCUCAUGAAUAUACCUCAUAUUUUGUUUGAGAGAAAAAUGUAUUUUACUUUUAUUUGCAAGCAGCUGUAAGAUAUCGACAAAAGUAAUGAAUUGCUUUAAUUGUAGUGUGUGUAAAGAUGUAAUUUUGGAGGGAGAUGUAAGUGAUUGACAAUAAUUAAAAAUGAAAUGUAAUUAGCACAUCACAAAGAAUUAAGUAACUCUCCUUUGUGUGAAGUAUUUCAUGUUUGGAAUUUGGAGAGAGUUUUAUCAGUAUGUUAUAACUCUAACUUUUAUAAGCAGGCAUUCUGACAAGACUCCCUUUUUUUUUUUUUUUUUUUUUUUUUUUGUCAUCUUCAAAGGAAUGUUGGGGAUGUUAAAUGAAACUGUUUGCAGGACACAAAUAUUUCUCUUGUUCCUAGCAGACUAGUUUUUAAUUAGGUAGUUCUAAUGGUACCAGUAUUGAAUUAAUUAGCAUAUGUACUUUUUAAAUUUUGACACUUUUGCAUUAUAGCUUUAUAUCUUUUGAAUUUACUUUGCAACUUUAAUUUAAAAAAAGUUCAUCAAGCUUAUGACAGUAUUGAAAAGAUGAUCAUGAGACUUCUUGUAUUAUCAGUUGUGGAAAAAUUGCUUGCAUUGCAGAUUAAAUGAAACAAUCACUGUUUGUAUAUACAGCCUGUAUUUGUAAAGUUUCGCCUAUCCUGUCAAAGAAAUAGUCACCAGUUAUGUGAAUGUAUUCCAUAAGUGUAAGGGAUAUAGAAAAUUGCACUCAGUGGCACAGGGAAAAAGUGCAGACUGUGAAUAAAACCUUGCUCAUUAGACAUAGAGGUUAGAUAUUAACCAUAAUUUGUUUGUCAUUAUGACAAUUAAAACUAGAUCCUGGUGGAUGGAAGACAUUUACCCACAACCUGUCAAAACUCCAAAGAACAUGGCGCUUAUUUUUUCCUAAACUUAACUCUCGUAUGGAAGCUUAAAACAAACUAGGUGAAAAUAGAAAACAAACAGAAUACAGAGUUAUGAUUGAUGCUAAUAGCAGUCUAUUGACCAAACAGAAGUCAUAAUUGAGAAGCAAAAUUGAGGCAGAAAUGAAAACAAAUUUUAAAAAAUGAUGAAUCACAUAAACGAGAAAACAGGUAGAACAGAAGUGACACAAAUUAAACUGAAAAAGAUAGUUAAAUAAAUUGAGGAAUGAAUACAGGGAAAAAAGAAACAAAAUGGCAUUAGAAUUCAUUAAAUUUCAGGAGUUCUUUUAAGCAAAAACAUCUUUGUGAGUUUAUUAAAGAAAUUACUUGAUUCGUGAUUUUUCCAGGUUGUAACUCCCAUAUCUUUUAAUUAAAUUCUUCACAAAGAUGUUCUUAAAGUGCAGCAUUGAUAACACAGAAUGGUACAAACAUUUAGGCACAGAUUCAGUUUAUGUGUUGUCUUUGCUGCUCAUCAGUGUCUCUGGUGCUUAAGUGUUUGUGGUUUACAACAAUGAAAUGAGUUAUUGUAAUCUCAAUCAGUCAGCUCACUCUGAAAAUGGCCAAGAGGUUUCUCGCCAAAAUAUUAGAAGAUGCAGCUGCGCUCCCAAAUUUUAAUGGAUCAGUUAUUGCACUGUGAAAACAUUAAGACACACAACAAGGAAUCCUGUCAACAGAGAAGAGUAGAUAGGCACAAAGAUAAAGAACAAAGCAGAAGAAAGCAUGAGAUAGGGACCAAGAAAGAGCACUGCAUAUGAUAAAAUCAGUCCGAAGGGGAUAAUAGCAAAGUCAUUUUAUCUCUACAUCGUGUCCAACUGUACUCCAUCCCUGAUGUCAACAAACAAUUAAACUCUAAUUUUCCCAUUUAAAAAAUCAUAAAAUGUAUUCUUUUUACCAUUACCUUGGCCUUCCUUUCCUGCUAAUUUGGCUUCAGUUCCUGGCAAAUGAAUCUUAGAAUUUAAAAAAAAUAGGAUUUGUGUUUAAAUGGGUUUUCUUGUGUGAACUACUUGGGUUUUACAACUUUCAAAACAACCAAGAAUUGCUUAUGUUCAUACAGUUUGCAUUAUCUUUUCACUUUUUUGCUCAUAUUAUAUUACAUGCACUCACUUUCAUUUUUAACAUUACUUGAAAUCCAGUACAUUUAGAAGAUUUAUUGUUAUUAAUAAAAUAAGGUGGAGUUUAUUGCUAUAGAUUUUUAUAUAUUUGUAUGUCACUGUUGAAAUUGUCAGUAACGUUGUUAUUCUUUUAACUGGCAUCUCUCUAGAAACAGUUAUGUUUGAUGAACUUAUUGAAAAAGUUUAAGAGCAGCAGGAAAAUUACCUAUGAAAAAUAGUAAUCCAAUUGCCAGUUGCUGAAUUCAAUUCAUACAUUUUGUCAUCAUUUUGUUUAUGGAUUUUAUUGAUUCAAGUAGUUAAUGGACCCAAAGACUGUCACUCCAGCUGUUAAAAUAAAUAUAUUUACUAACAAAAUUUUGAUGUCAUAUUUGACAUUUUGACUACUGUCUGUGUCUUUAUAUGUGAAAGAAGUACAUUUUUUAAAUAGGACUUUCUUUCUACUAAGAUGUAUUUGAAUGAAUACAACAAAGAUUCUGUGAAGAACAUGAUUAAACUAAGCAAAAGGUGAUGUGUAAGGCAUCAGUCUCAUAGGAAAGCUCUUAAUUUUUCAACUGAAUAUGUAUGAGAAUUGUAUGACAGGUAGUUAAUCUCUCAUGUGGUUAAUUUGUGAUUUUUACUGUUCCUUGUUUUGUAAUAUAUGAACACAGGCAACUUCAUUACAAAUACAUUUAUUUCAUUGAAGAUUUGCAGCUAUUGUAUGAUGAAUACUUUGAAUGAUAAGAGGAAAUUAAGCACAGAUAUUUAUUUACUGCAUUACUGUUGUUACGAUUUUGUCCUGAACAGUUCAUCAUGUUUUGGGAAAGGACAAAUGAUUCAUUUUUGUAUUUUUUUAGGUAUUACCUUUAAGUGAAUUUUUAUAUAUUUAUAUUUUUGUAAUUUUAGCUUUUUGUCACAUUUUUGAGUGCCAUACCAUGUCAGAAAGAUACGGAUUGACUAAAUACAACUGAUAAGCUGAACAAGCAACAGAUUACAUUCUUACGAGGAAGUUUAACUAGUCAUUUUAACUAUUACUAGUACAAAUCAGCCAUGCUGCAGACUUAUUAGAACUUCCACAAAUUAUUUGUGUAGAAUACUGUUGGAAUAUUUACUCUAGAUGCAAGAAAUAAAUGCUUGAUGAUUUAGAAAUGAGAUAUGUAAAUGGAAAUGUCAUUAUUUUCACUUUUAAAGUAUUAGUAGGAGAGGAAUUUCUGUGAAGUCUAGUUUCUUUAUGUUAUACAUAAAGAGAUCCACACUGAAACUUUAUUUGAUUUCAUUUUAUUCACGACAUUGCUGUAUUCCAGUAAAUGGAUGUGACAGAAUUUACACCAUGACUUCAGAAGUAUUAUUGUACCCUGUAACUAUAUAUUGUUGUUUUGUUAUAAAAAUAUUUAAUAAAUAAAUGAUAAUUUGAGAUUAAUAUUCCUUAAAUUCUGAGAAGGUGAAUACUGUUAUGAAGCAUUUGGUUGCUUCUGAGAAAUAUUUUUUAAUUCAUCUUGAUAAAUACAUUGACAUAGAAAUCUUGAGAUUCACAGUUAGGUGUCUCGGAUUAUUUUUUGUAUAAAAAUACCUCUUUCUAUUAAUUGAUUAGAAAAUACUCAUUUAGAUAAUGAGUUAUUGUAACACACAGGAAUUUAUGUGUAUUAUAAAAUAUAACAGUAUUUUAAAUGUGUUUUCUUCCUUCUUUAAAGUUGUGCAAUUUAAUGUAACAUAUGUUGUUUUCCACCUUACAGUAUAAAUCAUAUUAACAGACACAUGUUCAGUCAUGUAUGCCAUCAUUAUUUACUUAUGCUGAGUACCACUUACAAGUCACUCCUGCACUGCAUUGCUUUUGUGCAUUGUAAACUUGGGCAUUAUAUGGUCCCUUGUUCUUAAGUUAACCAUACCAAAUAAAACACAGAUGUUUGUCUCAUUGCAUUUAACUAGAUAAACCAAAUAAAACACAAAUAAAGUAAUGUAACUUUGAUGUUACACAUAUGUGUUGUCAGUGCUCAGAGACAGUCAUUAACUGUUCAUCAGUUACUCACAAGUAUUAGUAAUUCACUUGAAUUGACAAUAACAUCAGUGUUUUGUGUCUUGUAACCAAUUAAAAUUUUGAGUUGCAAUUUUGGACUGCCCUUAUUUAUAAAUUACAACUGUCUCCAUGGCUGGAAACAGCUUUUAAUGAAAAUCAUAAUGUGCUCUUCCUACACAGGAAGUCAUAUCAAAAUAUUGUGUGUUGUCAUUAGUAUUUUGUAUCAACAAAUGGAAUUCUUAUUCUGAUAUGUGGAUUAUACUAGAAGACAACUACAAUUGCAGUGGCAGGCUGGACCUAACAUACACACAUUUAUAGAACAGAUGGAUGAACAAUCAUGAUCUAUAAUGUGCAUUUUUAACUUGCAGUAUAAUGAAUAAUCCAUUAAAUUUUGGGCAUGCAGCCUUGCAAAUACUAUCACUUCAACUGAUAUUUUGGCACUAUUAUCAAGCCAUCCACAGAGUGAGUUGAGACUGACAAUAAGGUGCCAAGGAAAGCUCAAUAUACUUCACUCCAGCAACCAAAAUAUCAGCUGAAGAAAUGGUAUUUGCACUGCUUCAUUGCCAAAAUUUAAUGGAGGAUCUGUAGUAUAUAGCCAGUUCUGAAAUUAGCUUUUCAGACAAUGACACCACAAUGAGUUAAUACUGUAGACUGGUUCUGCUUCCAUCUUUAAAGUUUGUUGAAUUAAAAGCAUAGGUGUGAGAUGGAAUGCAAAAAGGGACCUCUUGUUGAAAAUUUUGGAUUUUCUCCCAUUGUAAUUUUUAUGUUCAGCAGAUUUAUAUCUCUAAAUUUCAGUGAGUUAUGACAGGUUGAAUAUUGGUGAUGGAAAAUAGAUGUUUUUAGAUAA